GGGCCUUGCAUUUGUCCAGGAUCAGAAUACGCUAAGGUAAUAGAUUGACACAAGGACCUGCUAUGUUUGUAUUUUAAACUAACUUCAUCAAACUAUUUUGCAGAACUGUAGGUCUAUUAUACAACAGUUGUAUUAUUCACUGUGUGGAGCAAACAUUAGCGAAAGAACGUUGACCUUAAUCAAAAUGGCCAAUCUCGAAGCCACAAAUUUUGUAAAUGAGUUGGACGAGAAGGUACUCGAAUGCCCGAUCUGUUUCAAGAGGUUAAACCAGCCAAAAACAUUAGGUUGCAUGCACAGUUUCUGCCUCAAAUGUUUAGAAGACUGGACAAACAAAAGCGGAAACACCAUAUGUCCCAUUUGUACUGAACCCUAUGUAGUCCCCGAAGGCGGUCUCCAAAAGCUCGUUCCGAAUGUUGUCAUUAACAAUUUACUGGAAUAUUUGGAACACAUUCAGAAAGGAGGGGACAAGAAAACAUCAUGCUCUUGUUGCGAAGAAAUAUCUGCUUUAUAUUGCAGAGACUGCAUGCAGUACUUUUGUCAAACAUGCAUUCACCACCACAAGUCAAUAUCAACUCUUAAAGGACAUACAUUAUUAACAAUACAAGAGCUAUGCCAAUUAAGCCCACAAGAGAGGGCUUCUUUGAGACCAACUCUUUGCCAGAAACAUACAACGCUUCCACUAAAGUUCUACUGCAGUACCUGUUGCGAGCCCAUUUGUUUGGAGUGUACUAUAAUUGAUCAUAGUCAAGUUGAUGGAAAACAUCGACUCAUUGCUAUCAAUGAUGCUUUUGAAACAUUUAGAGUCACUGCUGCCAAUAUGAAAAAUCAAGUGGAAGAUUGUACAAACAAUCUGACCACAGCUCAUACUGCCAUGGGAGAGAACGCAGCAAGAUUGGAGAAAAACUUCCAGUUAUGUGACGAGCAGAUUGAUAAGCGCAUUGGGGAAAUGAUCGAAAUUAUAAAGGCAAAUGGCGAAUCAUUGAAGAUAAAACUGAAAGAUACAUACAACACAAAAAAGAAAAUAAUUGAACGCCAAUUACAGGAACUCGGUUUGAUAUUGAAUAACGUAUCCGGAAAAUGGAACUUGAUCCAAACUCUGAUGAAGAGUCCGGAUGAAGCUGCCGCUUUGUUAUCGAACAGAAAAUUGGUAAAAGCAUUAAAAGAGAAGCUCCGGAAUCUUCCUUCCAUAGAACCUGUUGAUGAUGGUGUUAUUGAGUUCCUUCAAUUUGACAAACCUAAAGCACAUGAAAACUUUAUUGGAGAAAUCAGUACACAGUUAGUUUCAGAUGUGCUUGUUUUAAAGAAAGAGGUUGAGGAAUUGGAAGUAACGAAUGGCCAAAAGUUUUCAAUAAUCGCAGAGAAUACUAAAGCAAAAUGCAGGCUAAAAAAUGACGAAAAUCUGAAAGCAGUGUUAAGAUCCCCACUUGAUGCUACGGUUACAGGCAGGGCACACCAUUUUUAUGACGGAUUUUACAAAGUCGAUUGUCGUUGUAAACUUUCUGGUACUUGGGAGUUCUCGAUACUAAAUGACGGAGUUCAUAUUAAAAACUCGCCUAUCAAGAUAACUGUGAGAAACCAGGGUUUAAUUAACACAAUCAACAAUAUCCACGACUACAAAUCAAACAAAAAGGAUUCCAAGGUAACUGACAUCUUACAAACUGGCGACGGCGGCUUUGUGGCAGCCAGUUACAGUCGAGAACUCCUCAAAUUUAAUGAACGAUUUGAGUUUAUUGGUAAGGUUGAAUUUCGCGAAAAUACACGAGUUAAUAGGAUGAGCAACACAAAAUAUGACGACGUCUUCCUUUUUAGUGAUUUGGGUAACAAAUGUAUCACAGUCUGCAAAAGGAGUGGAGACAUAAUCAGAGAGUUAGCACAAGGCCAGUUAAAAUAUCCAAGAGGCGUUUCAUUAAACGAAGAAAAACGCGUAGUCUAUUGCACCGAUAGUUUGGCACACUGUGUCGUCAUGGUAAACUAUGACAGUGGAGAAGUUCUUGGGAAGUUUGGUAGCGAUGGAAAUGCACCUAAUAACUUAAUCAAUCCAGAAGAUAUUGUAGUAAAUAAGGCAGGGAACGUUAUAGUGACGGAUUAUGGCAACGAUUGUUUGAAAAUGUUCGAUUCCAACGGGAAAUUCUUGAAGAUUUUGAUAGGGAGUGGGAAUACAGAUAAAGAUGGAUACGUGUGUGGUCCCCAUGGAAUCACCAUGGAUAAAGAAGAAAAUUUGUUGGUAUCCAGUAACCAUAAAGUACAAAUGUUUAAUAGCGAAGGUGUUUUCAUCAAAAGAAUAGAUAAAGAUGACGAUGGACUCUAUCCUCCAGUUGGGUUAUCUGUCAUUUCGUAUCAUCCAAGAAAAGUUGCUGUUGCUAACCAGCAACCAAAUGAUAUCAAAAUAUUUAAUUAUUAAAAAACAAAUAAAAAUAUGAAAACUAUAUAAAUAAUAUAUUAAUACACAAAGCACCCGGCUUCAAUAAUCGUAGCAAAAAAAAAACACCAAAAAACAACUAAUGUACUAAUUUGCAUUAAUACUUUUUGAUAUAAAAAUACAGUAACGCCUUAAUGCGUUAUGUUACAAAGAUUAAUCAUUAAGUCGAGCGGCACAGCGGUUUUGGGCUUUCAAUCGGGACUCAGAUCCAGACCAACGCUGUUCACACUACUUGUAUCGUGGCAUGACACUUUAUCUACCAUUGCCUCCUUACCACAUGAGUAUAAAUAGUACAUACGUGGUAGGAGGUAAAUGAUCCGGAAUGAAUCUGGUAGUGCUGAAUUACACAAAUAAAUCGGAAUACUCCAUUAAAUUAACAAUUUAAAUAAAAAUAUGGUCGACUUUCAAAUAUAAUAUCAUAAGGUAAUUGUUUAGGGAAUUUUGUGAUUGAAAGCAAAAGUUGUUUUGAUUGAUUAGUUCACGCGUAUUAGUAUCAAAUGAAAGUUGUAAAAUGCUUUCCGGACUCUUUCAAAUACACAGCCAUAAAAUGGUUUUGUACAAAAAUUUAUUGAUACGAUUUACAUUAUGAAAGAAAAAGACAUUCCAUGUAAAGUUAAAAAGCUAAUUUAACUUCAUAAUUAAAGUUUCUUGAAAUAAUACAUUAAUUGAAGUCUCGUUAGAGGAUAAAUUUCAUUUUUUAUCAAUUAUUUUAACUGAUAUGGUAUCAAUCUAUAAAGGCCAACUCAGACAGUGUCGGCUGACGCAGCCCGACCCGA